ACAAUGGCACCCACCAACUCCCCCCCAGUUGCACAUGAUACCAGUUUUCAGUGUAAAUUUCUUUGCCAUAAAAACAAAAUCUUGCUUUCCAACGUUCUGUUUUGCUUCUUCACUCUUCUCUAUCGGGCAUUUUCGGACAAAAAACCUAUAUUUCCCGUUGUCGAAGAUAGAGGAAGUCGGAAAUGGCGCCGCCUCCAAUUUUAUCCUUGACUCUUCCUUCGGAGACUGGUAGAGUUCUCAGCAUUCAAUCUCACACAGUCCAGGGAUAUGUUGGUAAUAAGUCAGCAGUCUUUCCUCUCCAACUAUUAGGCUAUGAUGUGGAUCCAAUCAAUUCAGUGCAGUUUUCAAACCACACAGGAUACCCAACAUUUAAAGGUCAGGUUUUGAAUGGACAACAACUAUGGGAUUUGAUAGAAGGCCUUGAAGCAAAUGAUUUAUUAUACUACACUCAUUUAUUAACAGGUUAUAUUGGUUCUGUUUCCUUUUUGAACAAAAUAUUGGAGGUUGUAGAUAAGCUUCGUUCUGUAAAUGCAAAUCUUACUUAUGUUUGUGAUCCAGUGAUGGGUGACGAAGGAAAGCUCUAUGUCCCUGAAGAUCUGGUAUCAGUAUAUCGUGAAAAGGUUGUCCCAGUGGCUUCAAUGUUGACUCCUAACCAGUUUGAAGCAGAGUUGUUGACUAAAUUGAGGAUUGUUUCCGAAACGGAUGGUCGGGAAGCUUGUAACAUUCUUCAUGCUGCUGGGCCUUCAAAGGUUGUGAUUACUGGCAUCGAUAUUGGAGGUAAUCUUCUUCUCAUUGGCAGUCAUCAGAAAGAUAAGGAACAUUCUCCUGAGCAAUUCAAGAUUGUGAUACCAAGAAUUCCUGCAUAUUUUACGGGAACAGGAGAUCUAAUGACUGCACUUCUACUAGGGUGGAGUAAUAAAUAUCCCGACAACCUUGACAAGGCAGCAGAGCUUGCAGUAUCAAGUUUGCAGGCACUUUUGCGGAGGACGGUGAAUGACUAUACAAGUGCUGGAUUUGAUUCUCAAUCAAGCAGUUUGGAGAUCCGGCUAAUUCAGAGCCAGGAUGACAUCCGCAACCCAAAAUUGACAUUUAAAGCUCACAAAUACACCUGAAUGCCAAUACCUGAUAGUGAUAUGUAUUGAAUUGUAAUAAUCCUCCUGUUGUUUUCCCAUUAGAGAUGUAUUGCUAUACAAAAUUUAUAGCAAUGUGCCAGAACUAAGGAGAAAUACAAAAUGGAUCGAUGAAGACUCUUGGAACUGCAAGUACCUUAGAAUUAUGUCACAAGAUAUUUUCAUUUUUGCUUCACACAUUCAAUUAUUCAUUCUUUGUUUCUUGCAUGUUCUAUCCACAUUUUGCAAGUCAAACGAAUGAUAUUAAUUUUGAUUUUGUCAAAAUAGCUAUCUUUGCCUUAAAAGAAUUAAUGAAUCUGAUGCAUUUUACUAUUUAGGUUUUUGAAGUUUACUAGGGCUAUUCAUAGAGGCCAUGGUCAACGUUCAUAUCUUAUAAGGUCCAAGGUAUAGGAAAAAGAAUUUUAUUUUGUUUUGUAGUCUUAUUAUUUGGAUUGUUCCUUAAAUGGGGUGCAUUUUAGAUUUUUCC